AAAAACGCGUGCCUGGGUCGGUGGCCGGCGCUUUUAUUUAUUUAACGCUCCAAGCGCGCAAAAAAAAAAAAAAAAAAAAAAAAAAAAAAAAAAAAAAAAACAAAAAAACGGUGCGAGGGGGGAAAAGAAAACGGCGCGGUAGGCUACAUCCUAGCGGUCGCUAAGCGCAAUGGGCUGAACUUAAAGCCCUGCGGGGUGGGGAGGGGAGGAGGGGGUUUAAACUCCCUCUCCCGCGCCACGCAGCCUCCACACGCGGAACUACGGGGCGCAAGCGGUAAGCAGCCCUGCUACACGCGCCCGCACAAGUUUCCCUCGCUGCUGCGCCCGAGCACGCGGAAACGAUCCGAGCAUCGAAUGUACUUUUUUUUUUUCUUCCUUAUCUACUCUCGAAACAACAACAACAACAACAACAACAACUGGAAGCGAAAGACAUUAAAAGUCGCUUUGAGCUGAGCGCGUUACCGGGAACGAGGACGCGCUUCAGGACUGAGCGCUGCUUCACCGACUAAAACUUUCAUCCUUUUUUUUUUUUUUUUUUUUUUUUUUUUGCUAUUAAGCAUUAAGACUUCACGCGCGCGCGUUCUGCAAACUUUUUACGCACGUCUCUUUUUUCCUUCUUCUCCUUCGUGUGUCUUGUUCAUCCAGCCACUUCAGAAGGUUACAAAGCGAGCGUUUUUCCUUUGAUUUCAUUUUAAUCAGCACUUGGGAAUAACUUUUUUUUUUUUUUUUUUUUUUUUGGACAGAGCACGAAGAGGACGCUGCAGAGUCUAUAGACAGAGAACACCCGAGCUAGGGCUAUUAGAAGGACCGGAGGACGGCAGAGGAAGCAGCACCGGGGACACUGAAGGUACUGGAAGCACACUUUCAAAGCGUUGCAUGGUGUUAAAAGUUGUCCUCAACAUGGACGCGCGAAGUUAACAGCUGUCGGGGGAAUACGCGGCGGGCGCAAACGCGUGACGCACGCACGGGUAUGCAAGCAAAUCACAAAGAAAGCGACGAAUUCCCGGCACUCGCGUGGCGAAAAAAGGGAAAAGAAGCUGCUGACCUUCCUGUGCUGAAGACCCCCCCGAGUGCUGGGCGUUAAUACGGGAUUUGGAGCUCUGCGCGAAGAGGAGGAGGAGGAUAGAGCGCACGCGCGCGCGCGCGCACACACACACACACACACACACACACACACACACACAGAGAGACAGAUAGUUCGAGGGCGAAGCGGCUAAUUGCCGAGUCCGUCCCUCAUUUCCAUAUCCGGCUGGAGCUCGGCCAAUCCCCCCUCGCGCAGCACCGUUAAUCGCGAUGCAUUAUUCACUAUCAUAAUUAUAUACCGGACUUUCGCGCGCGACGCUGCAACCUCGCUUAAUUUUCCGUCACCUGACUGUUUUGCUGAACGGGUGCUCUUUUUUUUUUUUUUUUUUUUUUUUUUUUUGUUAUUGUUGUUAUCUCUUUUUGCACGCCGAUGCGCGUGCAAAAAGCGGGGCCGGGUGGCAGCGCAUCAUCUUCAUCCUCACCAUCACCUUCAUCAUGUCCCGACGGAAACAGGCCAAGCCGCAGCAUCUCAAAUCGGACGAGGAGACUUCAGCGCUCGGGCUGGGAUCGGAGAACGUCUCAGGUGAGAUCCUGGACGAUGCCGACAGCGGUAACGAGAGCCGCAGUGGUAGUGAGGAGACCCAUGUGUGUGAGAAAUGCUGCGCUGAGUUUUUCAAGUGGUCUGACUUCUGCGAACAUCUGAAGAGCUGCACCAAGAACCCACUUGUGCUUAUUAUUAGUGAGAAUGAGGUAACACCGGACUUGACACGGGAGUACCCAACGGAGCCCUCACCCGUGCCCAGCUGUUCGAGUGAGCCCGCAGACAGCGAGGAGGCAGGCGAGGGCCGGCACACCCCAGCUGAAGUGGACGAUGGUGCGGAGAUGACUUUGGAGCAAGUAGCCAGCCUUGAUAAAGAUGAAGAGCCCAUGGACUUGGAAAUGUCUCCUGAGAAAACACUGGACCCUGAAGAUCCAGAUAUAUCACCAGAGCCUGAUGUCAGCCUACCUCAGCUUGACACAGCCCAGCCCUCUGGGACAGGUUACAGUAUGCCCAGCACAAAUGUCACUUUGGAAACACUGCAUGGAACCCGAGUGGCUGUGGCGCAGUUUGCCCAAAGCUUCCGUGGGGCAAUAGCUAGUGGCAUGUCCACCAUGGCCAUCCCAAUGAUCCUGGACCAACUGAUGGCUUUGCAGCAGCAGCAAAUUCACCAGCUUCAGCUGAUAGAACAGAUCCGUAGCCAAGUGGCCCUAAUGAACAGGCAGAACCCUGCACAUGCGGCUCUUAACCAUCAUACACACCACAAUACAAAUGGUGGCUCACAGCCAUCAUCUACCACUGGCCUUCCCACAAUUCCCAGUCAGCUCCAGCUACAUGGCUUCAUUACACCACCUGUCCACCAGCUCCCUAUAAGGGUGCCACCCACUUUAAAUGUCCAAGGCCCAACCUCACUGUCUUCUGCCUUGGAAGGGUGUCACUCCCAUGUCUCAAAGACAGGCAGCCAGCUGUCCAGUUCUAUAAUGAACAGCAACACCUCAACAAAUUCCUCAUAUCCACCAUCGAGCUGUAGCGUAAUUCCUUCCUUGCUGCCACUUCAGAGUUCAAUCACUACUUGCAGCAGCAGCAGCAGCAGCAGCAGCAGCAGCAGCAGUGGAGCUGGAACUGGCAUCAGCAGUAGUGUUUCCCUCCCUAGAAACACUUCAAGUCCUCCAACACUGACCCAUGGAAGCCUGCUGAGCUCCCCUUCUAACCUUCCCCUGAUGCCUCCAAGUUCCUCAAGUAGUGUCAUCUUCCCCAACCCGCUGGCCAGUAUUGCAGCCACAGCCAAUGCACUUGAUCCUCUUUCUGCCCUGAUGAAGCACCGCAAAGGAAAACCUCCUAAUGUCUCUGUAUUUGACAACAAGCCUAGCUCAGAAGACCCCUUCUUCAAACAUAAAUGUAGGUUUUGUGCUAAGGUGUUUGGAAGUGACAGUGCCCUUCAGAUACACCUUCGUUCACAUACCGGUGAAAGGCCGUUCAAGUGCAACAUUUGUGGUAAUCGCUUCUCUACAAAAGGGAACUUGAAGGUCCACUUCCAGAGGCACAAAGAAAAGUACCCACACAUUCCAAUGAACCCCUAUCCAGUGCCUGAGUAUCUGGACAAUGUGCCAACCAGCUCAGGCAUUCCUUAUGGCAUGUCGCUUCCUCCAGAGAAGCCUGUUACCACAUGGCUGGACAGCAAGCCUGUUUUGUCCACAGCUCCAACCUCAGUGGGGCUGCAGCUUCCCCCAACCCUACCCAGUAUGAUCGGGGGGUAUGGAGAUUCGCCUAGUCUUACUCCCAUAGGCAGGUCACCUCCAAGACCAUCACCACCAUCAAGUGAGUGUGCAUCUCUGUCACCCAAUGUUCUCAGUACUGAAGUAAGCACAACCCUCACUUCGGCAUCUCCACAGCCCACCAUGGGGAGUGAUGUACCCCCAGUUUUGAAGCCAGAGGGGAUUCAUUUGCCAUCCAACUGCACCACCAGACCUGGGGAGAUCAGCAUGCCCUCGACUACCGUGAGCCAGAUUGUGCUGUCAUCCACAACCACUACCACAACCACUACCACCACCCAGAUCACAGACCCAGUGACCCCUCCAUCCUCUGGCUCUCAUUCCGCCCUUCCGAUGAUCUCAGAUCAGUUCAAGGCCAAGUUUCCCUUUGGUGGCCUCCUGGACUCUAUGCAAACAUCAGAAACCUCAAAGCUGCAGCAGCUGGUAGAAAACAUUGACAAAAAGAUGACCGACCCCAACCAAUGUGUCAUCUGCCAUCGUGUGCUCAGUUGUCAGAGUGCUCUCAAGAUGCACUACCGUAUCCACACUGGGGAAAGGCCUUUUAAAUGCAAAAUAUGUGGCCGUGCUUUCACUACUAAGGGCAACUUGAAAACGCACUUUGGGGUUCACAGGUCUAAGCCACCUCUACGAGUGCAGCACUCAUGUCCUAUAUGUCAGAAGAAGUUUACUAAUGCGGUAGUGUUGCAACAGCAUAUCCGUAUGCACAUGGGAGGUCAGAUUCCAAACACUCCUCUUCCCGAGGGCUUUCAAGACAUGGACACAGAUUUUAACUUUGAUGAUAAGAGUGUAGACAACAUGAGCAAUUAUGAUGAUGACCUGAUUGAUGAGAUGGAACAGGCCAUAGAUGAUGAGGCAGAUGUCAAAGAUGGAGAUGUGGACCCAUUAAAACCAGCACAUUCAUAUGGAGAGAUGUCUCCAAGCCACUCUCCCCCAACUCCAGUCAUCUCCAGCAUUGCCGCUUUGGAAAACCAAAUGAAGAUGAUUGACUCAACAGCAAAUAUGAAUCGCGCCUUUAGCCUGAAGCCGUCUGAGAAUGGAAGUGGGAUCGGUGGAGAAAGUGGGGAUGUGUUCAACAACGACUCAUCCUCUGCCAUGGGAGACUUAGAGACCCACAGUGUGGGGAGUCCAGCCUUGUCUGAGUCAUCAGGCUCUAUGCAGGCUCUUUCGCCUGCUCACAGUCAGCCUGAGAGCCAUCGUUCCAGAUCUCCAAGUCUGGUCAAUAACAACAGCAGCAAUGCAGGCGAGGAUAUCCAGGAGUCUGGUGCAGCUACAGCGACUGUGAAGUCGGAAAAGUCAGACACACCAUCUCCAGGUUCUGUACCAGCUGAGCACAUUGGUGUGCUAGACCUCACAGCUGCUCAGCCUGUCAGGCCUUAUGUUAAAGAGGAGAACCAGUUCAGCAUGUUGUUCUUAGGAAGAGAUCGAGGUCUAACUGCUUCAAGCUUGAUGGCCUCAGCACCAGGCCUAGUCAAACUCGAGAUGAAUGGCCACAGCAAACCGCUGUCUUUGAGUGAGGGCUCCCACUUGCACAUGGGCCUUCAGGUGCCUGCCGCAGCACCUCAGACAACAAUGAGCCCCAGCCUCAACCCAAUGCUGGCACCGCCUCCACCACGCCGGACCCCCAAGCAGCAUAACUGCCAGUCCUGUGGGAAAAACUUCUCUUCAGCUAGUGCCCUGCAGAUCCAUGAGCGUACACACACAGGAGAAAAACCCUUUGCCUGCUCCAUCUGUGGGAGAGCCUUCACCACGAAGGGCAAUCUGAAGGUUCACAUGGGAACCCAUAUGUGGAACAAUGCCCCAGCCAGACGUGGGCGGCGUCUCUCAGUGGAAAACCCCAUGGCUCUCCUGGGUGGUGAUGCAAUGAAAUUCAGCGAGAUGUUCCAGAAAGACCUGGCAGUCCGGGCGAUGAAUGUAGACCCGGGGUUUUGGAACCAGUACGCGGCGGCCAUCACCAAUGGACUGGCCAUGAAGAACAACGAAAUCUCCGUCAUUCAGAACGGGGGCAUUCCUCCACUUCCCGUUAGCCUCGGAGGGGGGAGCAUCCCUUCUCUGGCCAGUAUGUCAGGGGGCAUGGAGAGGGCACGCACAGGCAGCAGCCCUCCAAUGACUGGCCUCGAGAAGACAAGCCUGGAGGUGGGAACUGGACGUCCCUUCUCUAGGUUCCUGGAGGACAACAAAGAGAUCGGGAUCAAUUGAUAAGUCGUCAUUCAAUAGGAAGACACAAACAGACUAAGUAAAGACUUCAAAGGUUCCUCCUUAUCCAGUUUGGUCUCUUAUGUACUAUAUUAUGUACAGCUGAAGUUUGAUAUUCUGUUGGUUUUGGAUCUAUAGUAUUCGAUAUUGAGUAGAAGUAUUUCCCAUCCUCCCGUUUCGACUAUGAAGGAAAAAAAAAGAAAAGAAAAAAAAAAAAAAAAAAAACGUUCCAUGUUUGAGAAUUUGUCGUCUUGCAAGAUUUGCAUGGUACUUUUAUUGGUUCUUAUCAGUACAUUUGACUGCUUUUAAGGAUUAUGUCACAUAAAUGAAGAAUAUCGUUACUCAGUUGAUCUCUGAAAAGGAAAAAAAAUGAAAUGAAGAGCAAUCUAAUUGUGGAUAGACUGACUAAUGUUUACCUGAUGUAUGUUUUGAGGUACAAGACACAGGAUUAGGUGAAACCGAAAUACAUUGUCGUAACGUGUGCUUAUUUUUUUCACUCAUGAAGUAGAUACUUGAUGGAAAAAAAAAAAAAAAGAAAAAAAAUGUUUGAACUAUUUUAAUCUUUGCAUUUAGUCUCUUGGCAUUGUCUUAUAUUAAUGUCCGGUGUCUUUAGUAUUUAUAAUAUACACGAAAGCGGGUAUAAGAAAAUAUAUUUAACAGCCCCAACAUUUUAUUGAUCUUUUGUUUUCUAAACUUUAGACUUCUAUUAUGGCUGUCUCUUUCAAUAAAGACAAAACGUCUCUUCAUCUGGCCGAUGCGGACACAUUGCGAAGUUUUAUUUGGAAAUCUAGCACAUGUCGGUGUAAUGGACCUGGUACAAGAUGAAAAAGCUAGGAUAUUGAAAAAGCUGCUGCCUUUACAGACUCGCUUUUAACCUUUGUAAAGACGAGAGACAGAGAUAUACAGAAACUUAUUGUGUAUAGAGUAAAAACAAAAUUGGUAUGCAUAUUUUGUAUCACGGGAAAAAAAAAAAAAAGGAUACCUGAUUUGAGAUUUGUCAUGUUUGUGAAUGCACUUUUUAGAGGAACGGUCUUGUCUGUGACUUAUCAUUAAUGAUCUGACUGAACUAUCUAUCUCAUUUUGUUUUUUUUUGUUUGUUUGUUUUUUUUUUGUUGUUGUUGUUGUUGUUAUUUUAUUUUUUUAUUAUUAUUAUUAUAAUUUUUUUUUUUUUCAUUUUGCCCGUGGGGUUCUUAAAACGUGAGUCAUCGAGAAACUUCUGGAAAAAAACGGGGGUGAAGGAGCGUGACAGAUACGGCUCUGUACUGAAACCCUCACCCCUUUGCUCACAUCAAAUAAUAAAAUCGUGAGAAAGGA